CGAGUGGGACAUCUCGAGGGCCCACAAAAAGAAGAAAGGAAAAAACGCUCGGCCAGCAACUUCCAAAAACUCCGCCUUCGAAAGGAUGGGGGAUAGGGAAGAAGGCCAGAGAAAGUCAGCAAAACUGAGGCUGGGGCAGAGCAUUGCCCAUGUCAGCGCGUUUGCCUGGUUUGGCAAGGGGAGGGAGGCCGAGCUUGCCCGUACCUAGCGCUCCCGGUCGAAUCGGCAGGAGCCCGCGAAGACGAUGGUCUCCCAUCAAGAAGAGGAAGCUGAGAGCCAGCCUAGGGGACUGGUGGCUAACUGGCUGACUGUCCCAAAUGAUCGCGUCCAGCAGAUGGAGGCAAAACUAGAGAGGUUGGAGAAGAAGGUCGGGGAGAAGAGUGACCGGGACAAACCCCUCGCCGGGUCCCCGUUCACCACAAGGGUCCAUUUGACAUCUUUCCCACGAAAGGUCAAGAUUGACGCCCCUAGAUUCAACGGGAAGGAAGACUCAGAAAUCCAUCUGGAUUCUUUCAAUCAGAGUGCAACCAUGAACGGUUGCACAGAUGAACUAAAGUGCCUUCUCUUCUUCCAAACCCUACGGAACCGAGCUACUGAAUGGUUCAACAUGCUUCUCCUAGGAAGCAUUGAUUCAUUCAGUGACUUGGCCUCAAAAUUCAAGGCCAAGAUCAAGGAGAAUUGUACUAAGAGGAAGAAAUUCACCUAUCUUAGUACAGCCGGGCAAAGGGAAUCCGAGAACCUCACUCAAUUUCUUACCCGGUGGAAGGAAAAGGUAGACAAGGUAGAAGAGAUGGACGACAAGACGGUGUUGUCCCUUCUCUUGAAUGGCUUACGUGUCGGGGAACUAUACAAGGAGUUCUGCCGGAAACCCCUGGCCACGGAUCAAGAGGCCUACCACACUGCAUGGUCUGAUUCCCAUAACACUUCCGAAUGCAAGAGUGUUAAGGGAGUCAUCCGGCAAAUGAUAGACAGCGGAGAACUAGGCAAAGAUUAUUUGCAAAAAUCCCAGGAGAAGAGCCACCAAUGGGUCAGGCCCACAGCCCAGGGGAAUGACCGGGAUAAUGAUCGGCGGAGGAACAACCGGCAAAGGGAGAAGCAACCUGCUCCUGAGAAAGAGCAUAUUGGCAUGAUCUUCGGCGGACCUGAAGGUGGAGAUUCAGCCGCACAACAGAAAAAUUAGGUCCGCAGCAUUUACGUCGGUGAA